AUGUACCGUAUCACCGAAACAAUCCUGCUCUCCUACUACUCCAACAUUGACGAGGUUAGCCAAGAGGAACUAUUUGCACAGUUAUCCUCAAUGAUCGCUGACAUAUUGGCUGCAUGUCUCACCAACUUACCCCAAGUCAUUGCAAUGAAAUGCCACACAAGUUUCAUAGAGAAAAGGGAGGCAAGUGUCCAAGUUGCAGCCCAACUUCUAGGUAAGACUACACAGAUAAUCAACAUCCUUCAAGAUCGUGAGCUUCCAAGCUUAAAUGAUACUGACCAGUUGGCGUUUAUUGACAAGUGGCAGGUUAACUUAAUGCAUCUCUUUCCUUAA